GAGGCGGCGCGUGGGGUUCCUUCUGCCUCUCUCUCUCUCUCUCUCCCUCCUUCCUUCCUUUCUUUCCUUCCGAGGCGGAGGGCGGGCGGACGCGAGGGGAAACUCCUCCAGGAUGAAGGCGCCCGUCAAAGAUGUGUGAGCAGGCUGCGCGCUAUUGCCGGGCGAGCCUCCACAAGCUGCUGCGCAAAGAGGAGCGGGCGCUGCCGGUCUCCCCGGGCGCGGACGGGCUGCUCCGCUGGAUCGUGGCCAAGAUGAGCGACAAGAGCCUCCUGCCCGAGAGGGAGGAGGAGGAGGAGGAGGAGGAGGAGCGGGGCCGCCAAGGAGCCGCCUCGGCCGCCCACCACCGGACGCCCCAGUUGCGGAAAGGCGCCUCGGUCAUCCUGGAUAUCUUCCGACGAGCUGACAAAAAUGAUGAUGGGAAGCUGUCCUUGGAUGAAUUCCAGGCCUUUUUUUCAGACGGGACGCUUAAUGAGGAAGAACUCGAGAAGCUUUUCCACACCAUUGACUCGGACAACACCAGCAACGUGGAUACUAAAGAGCUGUGUGAUUAUUUUACUGACCAUAUGGGAGACUAUGAAGACGUCUUGGCUUCUCUGGAGACCCUCAACCUCUCCAUCUUGAAGGCCAUGGAUUACACCAAACGGGUGUACGAGAGGGGAACCAACGUGGACCAGUUUGUGACCCGCUUCCUGCUGAAGGAGACGGCCAGCCAGAUCCAGUCCUUGCUCAGCUCCGUGGAAAGCGCCGUCGAUGCGAUUGAUGAGCAAACAAGUCAGAUAAGGAACCUCCACAGCAAGUCCAGCCACAGCGCCGUGGACACGUGGUACGACAACCCUGUGCCGACUUACCCCCCGAACAACAGAAUCCUGACCAAAGAGUGCAGGAAAAGUUUCCAAACUGUGUCUUCAGACACCAAGGAGGAAGGCUUGGAAGCCCAGAUCAACCGGUUAGCAGAACUGAUUGGAAGGCUGGAAAACAAGACUCUUUGGUUCGAUCUGCACCAGCGACUGUCAGACAGCGAAAACACAGCCUGCGCGUAUCUGCUUUUGGUACGAAAUGAGAUGACUGUUUCCCAGAAGCAUUUGGGGGAGUUCUGCGGCUCCCUGAAACAGUACUUGAAGAACGUGGCAGGAGAACAGGACUGCUUUCACGUCACUGCAGUGAGGCUCCCCGACGGUGCCACCUUCAUUGUCUAUGAGUUUUGGGAGACAGAGGCCGAUUGGAAAAGGCACCUACAGAGUCCUGCCUGUAAAACCUUCCAACACGUGAAGGUGGAUACGCUGACUCAGCCGGAAGCGGUUUCCAGCGUGUUCGUGCCAGCUGCCUGGUGUACCCUCAACAGAGACUGACAUGAAGAGACGGAGAAACCCCGCCAGGCAAACGUCGCUCUUUUGCAGAGAACAAAACUCCCCGUCUUUUCUAACAACUUUGUUACAGUUGCUGUAUUCCCCCCUCUUCCUAUCUAUUCUACCAUUUCUACCCGGAAAUGUUCCUAGUUGCUUGCUAGUUGAAAUCAAAUUAAAAUAACCCAAAAGGAUGUCCUCUGGGGAUCAUGUCAAGUGCAAACGUGUGACAUGGUCCCAGACAAACACAGCAAA